AUGCGUCUCGACUGCUCCUCCCUUAUCUGCUCCGUCCUCGUCGUCUUCGUCGCUUCAGAUGAAUCCGAUGUUGAGGUCAGUCCGGCCUCUCUCUCUCUCCGAACGAUUCGAAAAAUGUCUCGAAGACUCAGUGAUCACCCUCAGAAAUCUCUAGAAGAAAACAGCGUGUCAAUCACAAAUCAAAUAAUCUUCGGACUCUUCUAGAUUUGUUUUUUUCAGUUGAAGCCGGCUCUCGGUCUGUGCAAAAAGCUAAAUCCCUGCGGAGCCACUGUUUCGACGUUUCCGCUUCUGGAGCCAGAUGUCGAAGAAUCGUCAGGAUUCGGAAGUGGAGCAUCUCCGCCCGUCUACGAUGAAAUCCUCACGGUACCCUCAUUUCUCCACAUUUCCCACUAUUGAUUGAUCUCAUUUUCAGCACGAAAUCUACGACCUAAAUGCCACUCCCGAAAUGCGCAACUCCACACUCUGCUCGUGUCCGGAUGAUGCGGUCUGCGAUUUUGAAUCUGAUUCAAAUGUCGUAAAGGUCGAUUACGUAAGUGAUUAACCGAAAAGUGUCCGUGCUAUCUAAUCGUCUUUUUUUGUAGCACGUCACCCUUCGAUUCUGCAGUUUAGGGACAAUAUCGACGGUGUGCAAACGCAAUUCGAUCAAUUUGAGAGUCAUCGGGGCCUCGCAGGCAUCUGGUGAGUCGGGGGAAUCGCGGUAUUUACAGUACUUCCGAGUGAAAUAGGCUGACGGAGUUUGGAGAGAAAUAUGAACUGAUUCCGAAUUCCGAAAGUCAUUAUGUCCGGAUUCCGUGCCAUUUCGUCCGGAAGUGCGGCCUCAUCGCUUUUAUGAUGGAUCUUCGUCCGAAUGACUCAUCCGAUUGCUCCUUUCCCCCAUUGACUGAUUAUUUGCCGUUUCCUGCCGCGAUCUUGCAUCACAAGUGUCACAACAAUUGUCAUUUGAUGGUGCACUCGCACACUCCCCGAGCCGCCGACUCUCUCGUCGCCGUCUGAACUUUGUGUGCAAUUGGCCGCCGAAUUCCAUCGUUUUUUCAGGAGACAGCGUGCAAGAGGUCUCCAACGCGAUGAUGUUCUGCAACUGUCCCAAUGGAUUCUCGCGACAGCCCGUUGAAGUGUGGUCGGGUCAGGAUAUCUCUCUCAACUACAAGUGUCUCUAG